GAAGAGACCCAGAAGAGAAGGUUAAAAAUAAAAAUGGUUUCAAAAUUCAAAAACCAUUUCCCCGCUUGUUUCUUGUAGUGAUACAAACAAUUCUGGUCGUCUAUCCAUUCUCAGUUUCUCAUUCGAAGAGGCCUCCCAUCAUGGCUGCCGUCUUCCAACACUCGCCGGCCACCGCCAUUCCUCUUCACGACCCUCUCUUGCCCUCCCUCCGGUUGAUAAAGCAAGCGCUCGAUGACUUCAACUCCGGAAACCAUUCCGGGUCGGAUCUCACUAAGCUUCUAUCCGAUUGCAUCGCAGCUUUCAAGGACAACGUUCAGUACCGAGACGACGCCAGAUUCCUCAAGAUUUGGUUCCUCUAUAUGGGGUUUAUUGAGGAUUUCGAAGGCUUGUUUAUGGAAAUGUUGGAUAGAAAGAUAUGUAUUGGACAGUCUUUGCUUUAUGUUUGGUAUGCAUCCUUUCUAGAGUCCAAAGGCAAGUUAUACGAUGCGCACAUGGUUUAUCAGAUGGGUAUUUCAAGGAAUGCUAAGCCUGCUGAGUGGGUGAAGAAAGCACACGGCUUAUUUCUUGAGAGGAUGUCUGAAUUAGCUUCUUCAACUCACAAGGUUGACGACGGUGAAUCCAUUCAGUUUGACAGCCACAUCAAUCCAUGGUCCAGUUCCACAAUCAAAGCCCUAUUAAAGAAAAUUACUCCUCAACUUACGAAAUAUGAUGGAUAUCACUCCACUACUAAAGCUUACUCAGGAAAAGUGGCAUUGUCUUCUUUGAAGAACUCAUCGAGGAACAAGAUUAUUGAGAUAGGUCGUACAAAAUACCAGAUUACGGGUUAUGCAGGUCAAGGUGGUUUUGCUCAAGUAUAUAAAGCAUAUGUCAACUGUAACCCUGAUGAUGUUGUUGCAUUAAAGAUACAAAAGCCUGCUUUCCCGUGGGAAUUCUAUAUGUACCGUGAACUUGAUCAACGAAUCUCAGACAAGGAAAGGUCAAGCUUUGGUUUUGCUCAAAGAAUGCAUCUCUAUUCUGACUGUAGUAUACUUGUCUGCAACUAUAUUGCUAAUGGGACACUUCAGGAUGUAAUAAACUCAUUUGCAGUCACCGGAAAAUCCAUGGAAGAAGUGUUAUGCAUUUAUUACACCAUAGAAAUGCUCUACAUGUUAGAAACUCUGCAUGACGUUGGCAUCAUUCAUGGAGAUUUCAAGCCUGAUAAUCUGCUUAUUCGCUAUUCUCGGGACUUCCCCACAAAAAAUGGAUUUCAUGACAGAAAUGAGCUUACAAAAGAUGGAUUUCGGGACAGAAGUGGCCCUUGGCUUGAUCAGGGUCUUUGCCUUGUGGACUGGGGAAGAGGGAUAGAUCUGCGUCUCUUUCCUGACAAUAUGGAGUUUAAGGGAGAUUGCCGAACUUCUGGAUUUCGUUGUGUGGAGAUGCAAGAGAAUAAGCCUUGGACAUUUCAGGUAGACACAUAUGGACUCUGUGUUGUUGUCCAUAUGAUGCUGCAUAAUUCUUACAUGGAGAUUGACAAGAAACCAUCACCUGAUGGUGGUUACGUUUAUCUACCCAAGGCAUCUUUUAAAAGAUACUGGAAUGUUGAGCUCUGGAAGAAUUUCUUUGUGAAACUGCUUAACAGUAAUCCUGGCUGCAAUGACAAGAAAUUGUUGCAAAAUCUGAGGAAGUCCUUCCAGGAAUACAUGUGCUCGGACCCUCACCUUAUAAAGAAACUAAGCGACUUACUGGCAAAGCAAAGGAAAUCAAUGUGUUCUGCUUAGUGUGCCUUUCAUCUCUCCUGAUUAUCUGUAGUUGCAAUAUUUUAUUGCAUUUUCUGUGCAGGCAUAUGUAAAAAUUAAUGUAUGGCAAAAGGUCUAAUCCCCUGCUUCUAGCUUUCUGAUGUAAAGACUUGUUGUUAAGCUCAUCUCUAGAGCAUUUAUAAAACAGCAAGUGCCAAACCUUAUCUCAAGUAACAUUGUAUGCUUCUCUCACCGAAAUGAAAAGAGGAUGUAGUAUGUAAAAUCACUUGUUU